AUGGGUUCACGGAGGAUGACAACUCGCUCCUCUUCCUCUUUUGGGAAUGGAAGGUCCAGCAAUGGCAAUGAUGUCAGUGGGAGCAGCCGGCCUGGUGGCUACAGCUACCUCUCCAACGUGAGGCCAGAAAACAGGUACAGAUUACAGACUAACUCUGAGAGCUGUCCUACGAGCACGCUCUGCAGUGUGAUGGCACAAUUAACUGAAGAAACGCAGCCCUUCUUUGAAACUACCCUCAAGUCAAAAGCUGUGUCAGAAAAUUGCAAUGUGAAGUUCUCCUGUGUGGUUACAGGAUACCCUGCCCCUCAAGUUACAUGGUAUAAGGAUGACAUGCAGUUGGACAGAUUCUGUGGACUGCCUAAAUAUGAAAUAUUCCGCAAUGGACAAAAUCAUUCCCUGCACAUUUACAAUUGCACUGUGGAGGAUGCAGCUAUUUACCAGGCCUCAGCCAUCAACACUAAAGGCAUUGUGUCUUGCUCUGGGGUUCUGGAGGUGGGUGAAAUGAACGAGUUCAAAAUCCACCAGCGGUACUUUGGCAAGCUCAAACUGAAGGCCGAGAACAGACGCAAGGAAGCAGAAGGUAAAGAAAACCAGGAGCCGCUACGAACCAUCAGUCCAGACCGCACCCAGAGGAAACGCCGCUCGACAAUGGAGGCUUUUCUCAGCACACCGAGCUCCACGGAGGACGAGAGCAACGAGGAAAACCAUCACACUAGUGAUCUUCAACUUAUUAAGCAGGACAGCUCUAUGGUUGAGGAAUGUUUAAAAUCUGACUCCUUAACCACCCCAGCCACUGAGCCUAGUCCAUUGUUAAAGAAAAGAAACUCUGUUUCUCCCAUCCCUUCUGCUACGCCACAAGAGCUAGCCUUGGGGGCGCGCCGUAAAAUCCCAACAUCCAAAGCCAAACCUGAGGAGGGCACAGAGGCCACAUCAGCAGUAGAUAACCACACUCUGAAAAAUGAGGUACCUACACAGAGCAGCAAGCUUUCCACAAGUCCUGUGACCCUCUCUGUGUCUCCAAGCCUGUCUCGACGGUCAGCUCUACUUCAGCCUGCUGGUGAACAAACCUCACGUGUAGAAAGGCGUUCUCCUCUCUUGAACAGAAGAAAGAUGGCAUCAGACACUCAAACACCAUGUCAGCUGCCCACUGAGGAAAUCUUCCCAGAGGAGAAACCUGCAGAGAAGGACAAGCAUAACCCAUUCAAAGCUCCUCAAGUUAUCCGUAAGAUCAGGGGUGAGACUUUUGCAGAUGCCUUAGGUCACUUGAAACUGUGGUGCCAGUUCUUCAAUGUUCUUAGUGACUCUACUGUCACAUGGUACAAAAAUGAGGAGGAGAUUAUCGAAGUUAAACGAAGUUCAGGGGAUGAAACUCAGGUCAAUCUUGCCAUUGUUCAGGCUUCAAACAAAGACUCUGGUGUUUACAAAUGUUCAAUUACAAAUGAAUUUGGAACAGACUACACGGACAUCCUACUCAGUGCAGAGAUUAUGGCUGGAAUGUCUCUACGUGAAGACCUUGGCGUUGGAGAGGAAAUUGAAAUGACACCACUGAUAUUCAACAAGGGUGUCGCUGAUUCUGGUGUCUGGGGCAACAAAUUCUUUGGCCGUAUAAUGAUGAAGGAGUCUCAGAUUGGAGAUGGUUGUUCUCAUAAGGUCUGGAGGGCAAAAGUCAUUUAUGGUCUGGAGCCUGUGUUUGAGUCCGGUAAUACAUGUAUCAUCAAAGUAUGCAACCCCAUCGCCUAUGGAGGCAAAGAGGAAAGCUGUCUAGUAGACAGGAACCUGGAUGUCAUGAAGCAGGAGUGUAAAAUUCAGAACUUGGCUCGGGAAUACUGCAAAAUCUUCUCUGCAGAGGCGAGAGUUUUAGAGAACUUUGGGCCUUCUCUUGAGGUUAUUCCAGUCUACUUGAUGUACCGGCCAGCAAACACUGUCCCCUAUGCCACAGUGGAGACUGAUCUGACAGGAGUGUUUCAGAAAUACUCUGUCCUGGAUCAUACAGGCAGAAUAGAAAUGAGAACUGGCUCUGAGGUGGAGCAGAAGUGUUGUGCCCUGCAGCACUGGAUCUUUCAGUGGACUAAUGGCAAUCUGCUACUCACUCGGCUAGAAGGUGUUGACACUAAGAUCACCAAUGUUGGAAUUUCAGUCAAAUCCACAGGGCAUCAAGGUUUAUCUGUCGAAGGGAAUCCCAAAGUUUUUGAGCAGUUUGUCUCGCAGCACAAGUGCAACUACUUCUGUGGUUUGCUCGGCCUGAGGUCGCUAAAACUCAUGGAUUCCUUAAUGACGCCAGUGAAGCCAAAAGGCUCCAGGAGCCCUUUGCUUCAGCGCAAGAUGGCUGCUGGCUCCUCCAGCCCUCAGACUGGCAGGAAAGCUGGCAGUAGCCCUAGGAUGCCCAGGAAGGCUGAGCAAGAUGGCAGGAAGACCCCCACGAAACCAAAAACUGUGGAUACUCCCAAAAUGGGUAAGAUGGUGUAAAUGGAAUAUUGCUUACUUGGACUUGAGAAGUCACGCAUAUUUACAGAAAUCUCAGGAGGAGACGGAGGAAAGACAGAAGACUACUGGUUUCUAAGUACACAGAGGAACGAGCUUUAUUAUUAAUACUACUUAAUAAUGUAAUUUUAACAGCCAGCAUUCCUUGCCAUGAUGCCAUGAUGACUUCAUAUGCUGAGGUCUCGUGUUCUAUUGUAUCCUGCAUUCAUGUUCAAUUCCUAGUACUGAGGCUGUUGUGUAGCAAGUAGUGUUUUUCCUGGUCACUCUGAUACAGUAGGUGGCAGACAGUGGAUCAUCAAGUCAGUGUAUCUGUACUAAAUGAAUGUAAUACAUUUUGGACUGAAGUGUUAUCAGCUGUUUGCAUCAUUUUUAACACUACUCUUUUGUAGUUUUCCAUGUCGAUUCAACAAAAAAACACAACCUGGAUAUAGUGUAAGUCCUAUGGUCACACAGCACAUGUUUAAGUUUGGGAGUAAUUCACCAGUUUUAUCUUUCAGGAAUGAAUAAAGGCAAAUGUAGCUUCACAUGACAAUGUUGUACAGUGGCCGUUGGUGCUGUGGUUUUGUAUUUUAACUUG